AUGGCUCAGGCUAGGGCAUUGUCUAUAGCUGAUAGUAGUACUUUUUCAGAGAUUUCAUUUCCAGCAAUCAAGCCUUUAUCUCUUUUUGAGCAUGUUUCAAGGUCACCCACUUUCAAGACAGAUGAGGGACUACAUACCCAUUUACAAAGAUUUAUUACAAAACAAGACAAUGUCAUCACAACUUAUAUGCUAGCCUGUGAGCACCACAAGGAACUGAGAUACCAGUUGGACAAGAAAGAAUUUAAGCUUGAAGAAGUUAUCAAGACUCUAAGAAAAGCAGAAGAUAGAGAAGAAGAUAUAAGUUUAUUAAGUGAUUCUGAGAAAUCAGUCAAGAACAACACUUCAAACUUUGCAGAGAUAUAUCAUCCACUUGUCAUACAGUACUAUUUCCAGAUAGAUGAUAUGAACUUACUGAAAGAGAAGCUUUGGAAUCUACAUGCAGAAUAUAAUAUGGCACAGGAAGAUCAAGCCACAAAAUACAAAUAUGAAAUGGCUGUGCAGGACUCUAGUCUUCUGAAAUUACUAGAAAACUUUGCAAAAUAUGAGGAGAAGAUACUUGAUAAUCUUACUGCUGUAGACAAUAAUGUUCAGUAA